AUGGCAGCGAGGGCACCAGUGUCAACAUCUGUUCAAUUAUUGGACAGGUUCUGUAAAUUCUACUACAAUGCAGCAGGGUUCAACAAACUAGGACUGAUGCGAGAUGAUACUCUGUACGAAGAUGAUGAUGUCAAAGAAGCAGUGCGGAGACUUCCAGAGAGGCUUUACGAUGACAGAGUGUUCCGCAUUAAGAGAGCAUUGGAUUUAUCUUUGAAGCAUCAGAUACUUCCAAAGGAUCAGUGGACAAAAUACGAGGAGGACAUGCCAUACCUAGAACCAUAUCUGAAGCAAGUCAUCUGUGAAAGGAAGGAGAAGGCAGAAUGGGACAAGAAAUAAAAUGACUACAUAUUUUCAUUU